AUGGAGGUCGUCUACAUCUUCGUUCGUCCAAACGACAACACCGGCAUGGCCACAGUCAGCCCACCCAACCUCAACAAAGCGAAGCUCUGCGCUCUCUCCAAGACUGCGCGCCAUCGUCUGUCAUUGCAGAAGAAUGGCAUCGACAAGAACAUGCUCGAAUUCCGUGAGACCGAGCUCAACUAUGCGUCCGCUACGAAGGUUCUGAAGUGGGUGAGCGAGAACAGUGCCACCAACCCGAAGCCGAUGACUGUGGAGGCCCUCAAGAUCGCCAACUUCUACGAAGCCAUCUACGUCUAUCAGGCUGCUCACACGCUCGAUGUCGAUCGCACAGCUCGCGGCGACUCCAUCCCCAACUCGAUCCGCGCCUGCAUCAAGACGACUACUCUUCAGCUCGACCAAUUCGCCACGAUCGUCAACAAUCUCUCGUUCGAUAAGGGCCUGUGCAAGUCGGCCAUGAACAGCACGAUGUACAAAGUCAUCAGAGGUGGAGAGCAGGCGGUCCCAGAUAUCGACGAGAUCAGGAAAUCAACAUCAACGAGAGCAUCGCGGCGAAGAAGGAGUGUGACAAGAAGAAGGCGGCUAAGCGCAAGCAGCACGCAUGCAGCCACGGUUACUCAAGCCGCCGCUGAGCUGGUUAGCAGAGAACGGUUGCAGGUACGAAUCAUGCAUGGAGUCGAGAUGUGA